AUGGGUAGGAAGACGAAGAGGGAGAAGAAGGGAGAAGAGUUAUCACCAAUCCUCCCGCACGAUCUCACAGUCGAAAUACUAUCAAGACUACCAGUGAAGUCUAUUGUACUAUUUAAGUGUGUAUGCAAGUCUUGGCUCACCAUGUUCGCAGAUUCUCAAUUUAUCAAGCUUCACCUCACACGGUCUAACAACUCUAAACUCGUCCUCACACAUUCGUUUAACUUUCUGGGAUAUCUUCCUCCUCCAAGUCUCUGUGUGUCGUCUUGCGGUGGCAUGGUUGAAGACCAGGGGAGUACUAGGAUUGACGUUGAUGGAAUUCAUAUCUUAAAUGAUGAUCAUAUGUAUGAUAAUGAUGAUGAUGGUGAUGGUUAUGAUUAUGAUUAUGAUGGUAAUCAUAAGAAUGCAGGGAUGAUGAGUAUAGACGGAUCUUGUCGUGGCUUGGUGUUAUGCCAUUUUACCGAUUACCACACGUUAUACUUGGUGAAUCCGUCAACUGGAGAAGUGUUUAAAUUGCCAGACUCACCAUUUAAAAAUUCUGCUGAUGUUGCAUCUUUUGGACUUGGCUAUGAUACAUCCCUUGAUGACUACAAGGUUGUAGUAGUCUCAUUUUCAAUGUUUUUGAAUGGCAAAUUCCACUGGUUCGAUGAAGAUGGGAGUACAAUUGUUUCUCUUAGUCUAGAUGAGGAAAAAUUCGGAGAUGUUCCAUUACGCCUUGGUUGGAUUGAAAUUCCUGAAUUGGUUGGAAUUUUCAAAGGAUGUCUUUAUCUCCUAUUAGAAGCUAGCUCUGAUGACUUCACCUUUUGGGUGAUGAAGGAAUACGGCAGGAGAGAGUCUUGGUCUAAAUACAAAGGAGUCGACUUCCCUAGAACCGAGUUUGUCCUCCCAUACUCUACAGUUACCUUGAUGCCUUUGGAUUUCUCAAAUGACGAAAAUGAAAUUUUAUUUGCAAUUGGUGAUAGCCAGUUUAUUGUGGAAGUGUUUUUGAAUGGUAAUUUCCACUGGUUUAAUGAAGAUAUGUCUAAAAUGGCAUCUCUUAGUUUAGCUGAGGAAAAAUUUGGGAAUGUUCUAUUACCUGAAAUUAUAAUAUUUUAUCAUCACAAUUUAAUCAGUCUAUUGGGAUUGUCAAAGGAUGUCAUGGCAUCACCUUUUGGAUGA